AUGUCACAACCUUUUGUCUCAACUCCAAGAAAAUCCUCCAAAGAGAAAGAAAACCCUAAAAAUAUUGGCAUUGAGAUAGAUUUCUCUGAUGUCAUCACUGAUGAUGUUCCUCUCUCAAUUGUUCAUGUCCAUGCAACCCCCAUGACAAAGGCCAGAACUUCGUCUUCAAGAGAAAACAAGCCUACUAAAGUAAGUACCUCUUCCACUCCCUCUAUAACUGUGAUAAAUAUGAAUGAUCCUGAACCUCCCAAGGGUGUAAAUAAACCCAUGUCCAUGACUAUCUUGUAUCUCGAUCCCAUCAGCAUUGAACCUAAUAUUGGUUUGAAUGAAGAUUGUUCCACUAUGACAAAUGUUAUGGAAAAUGUAGAAGCUUCUGGAACCAGCAAUAAACCGAGGACCGAAGAUAUAACUAAUGAGCUAAGUAGCAAAGAUAAAAACCUUAUUGAUCAACCCACUGACAUUGUUAAUAUUGAGGAAUUGGACUCUAAUGAUGUUCCUAUCGGCCAAAGACUGGCUCCUGGCAUAGCUAAAAGGUUGAAGAAUAGGAAAGGUCAAGUUGUUGGGUCCUCCAGCACUCCCUCCAAAUCUAUCAAGAAGAAGGCUAAUGUUGGUCCCACUAAAAGAUGGAGCAAGGUGGUUACUCAUACGCCUAAGAAGAAUUCUCUGAAAAGGAAGGAAGUUCCCUCUGAUUCUAGUGAAUCUGAUCAGGAUGUCGAACACAAUGUUCAGGAUAUCAUCUCCACUUCCAGAAAACAAGCCUCUGGAAAGAAGAUUCCAGCCAACAUUUCUAAAGUUCCACUUCACAACAUUUCUUUUCACUCUGUUGAAAAUGUUGAAAAAUGGAAAUAUGUUUAUCAAAAAAGGUUAGAACUAGAAAGGGAAUUGGGGAAGGAUGCGUUUGAAUGUAAAGAGGUGUUAAGUCUGAUUCAAGAAGCUGGUCUGAUGAAAAAUGCAACAGGUUUUGGCAAGUGCUAUGAAAUGUUGGUCAAAGAGUUUAUUGUGAACAUCUCCAAAGAGUGUGACAACAAAAGGAGAAAGGAAUUCAGAAAAGUGUAUGUCAGAGGAAGAUGUGUGUAUUUUUCUCCUGAAAUAAUCAACAAGUUCUGGGAAGAAAUGAAGAAGAACAAUCUGAAAUUGAAGUCUCAGACAAUGUCAUCUGCAAAGAGAUCACUGCUAAGCAAAAUUGGAGCUGCCAAUUGGGUGCCAACCAAUCACACCUCCAAUAUAGCUAUUGGGCUAGAGAAAGGUGGUGAGGAAGCUUAUGGAACUAAUGAGGAAGAGGAUAAUAAAGACAGAACUGUUACUAGUGAUGAGGAAGAGACUAGCAGUGAUGAAGAUUAA